AUGGGUUUUGCUCAGAAAAUCGCCGCAGCUCAGAAUAAUCAGAUGGCCAAUAGUGGUUCAUAUGGAGGUGCACCUCCAUCAGGGUACACUGGGGGUCCUCCUGCAGCAUUGCAGGCUGGUGGAUCGUUCGACGUCAUAAGAAAAAGAAGAAAAAGUGCUAACGUUUUCUCAAGAGUCAACAACAAUACCAGGCUUAUUCAGGAUCCCCAGCCCCCCAGGGAUCGGAUAUCCUCCAUACGGCGGCUCAUCUCAACAGAAUUCGUCUCCUUAUUCCAGGCCUCCGCCAUCCACGCCAUACCCCGCAUCUCAGCCGCAGGGCUAUGGCCGCCCCCUCCACCCCCACCAGGUCAGCCCUAUGCAUCCGCUAGUUCGCCCUACCCGGGCCAGCAACCGGGACAGCCCUAUGCUUCUCCGGGCUCGCCCUACCCAGGACAGCAGGUACAGUCGCCUUAUCCUGGUCAACAAGCUUCCCCACAAGCGUACCCUGGACAACAGCAAUAUCCCGGACAACAGCAAUACGGACAACAACCUUACCCUGGACAGCAGCCGUCAUAUGUACACAAUGCCCCUUGCCCUGUAUCACUGCCUGUUUUUGUGUCUCCUAACCAGGCACCACCCUAUCCUUCUCAGGGAGCUCCAUACCCUGGUGGCCAGGGCCGUCCUGGACCCUCGCCUGGACCACCCAGUGGACCACCACCGGGUCAGUAUGGUGCACCCAGCGGACCUCCACCAGGUCAGUAUAGUGCACCAAGCGGACCUCCACCAGGCCAGUAUAGUGCACCAAGCGGACCUCCACCAGGCCAGUAUGGCGCACCAAGCGGACCACCAGGCCAGUACGGCGCACCAAGUGGUCCACCGCCAGGUCAAUAUGGCGCACCCGGUGGCGCCCCUCAGUCUGGAGCUCCCCCAGCCACCCCGCAACAGGUCGCAGCUUACCACUCGCUUUUGAGUUCCACGAUUGAAGAGAAGCGUCUCGGAAGUUUCUACCCCAAAGAGCGACUGGACCGGCUUGUUCAGACGCUUGCCGCUGAAGCACCAGGCAAGCUCAACAAGCUGAUUCAGGAAUGGGCCGUGCCCAUGGAGGUGGCGACCGAUGUCAUGAAGCUCUCGCUGUUCGACGUGAUUCUCUACGUUGAUGACAGUGGAUCCAUCGAAUUCGAAGAGAAGGGACUCCGAAAGGAUCAACUCAGACAGAUUCUCGGUAUUGUAGCUACUGCUGCAUCGACCUUCGACCAGGACGGUAUCUCUGUCCGGUUCAUGAACUCCAGCGAGAAGGGUGAUGGCAUUCGCAACGCAGAGGAUGUCGAACGUCUAGUGUCCCGAGUCCGUUUCUCAGGCCUGACCCCCCUGGGCACCAACCUGAAGACCAAGGUCAUCGACCCGAUGGUCGUUCAACCCGUCCGGGCCAAUCGUCUUGAGAAGCCCGUGCUGGUGAUCACCAUCACUGACGGACAACCUGCUGGCGAGCCCCACGAUACCGUGGGUAAUACCAUUCGCUACGCAGUGGCGGAGACCUCUCAGACCCAUUACGGCCCCGGCGCCGUAUCCUUCCAGUUCUCGCAAGUGGGAACUGAUCAACGGGCUCGCGAUUUCUUGUCUUCUCUGGACGAGGACCCUCAGAUUGGUCACCUGAUUGACUGUACCUCCAACUUUGAGGUUGAGCAGGAUGAGAUGUCCCGUGCUAACCCACCAGUGCAUCUGACUCGCGAGCUUUGGUGUGCCAAGCUGAUGCUCGGCGCUAUUGAUUCUUCUUACGACACCAAGGAUGAGCGAGACAACCAACGUCGUGCACCUCCACCACAAUCGCAAAGCCAGUACGGAGGAGGUUACGGCCAACCUCCCCAGGGCCAAGCUCAGCCUCCGUAUGGUGCGCCCCCUGGUGCCCCUCCUGGUGCCCCUCCGAACUACGGUUCCCAGUCCGGCUACCCACAGGGUCAAUACCAGCAGUCUCCUCAGCAGCCUCCCUACCAGGGAUCGCGUGGAUAUGGUCAACAGCCAGGAUAUCCAUCACAGCCUGGAUCUGGCCAGUAUGGUGGACAGCCACGUUAUUGA